GCUCCUGUGACAAGGAUGUCAUUCUGAACAUUCUCAGUGUCCUCACUGACUUGCUGUCUUUGGGCACUGGACGGAGGAUUCACUACAUGGUCAGUAAAGGGGGCAGCGAGGCUCUGCUGCAGGCCCUGGCCACGGCUGCCCAGACAGAGCUGCCUGACCACGGCACCCUCCUGCCCCUGCUGCGCCUGCUGGCCAGGGUGGGCCAACGAGAUAGGAAGUUUGGGCUUAAAGUGCAGAAGGCAGAAGCCACUGAUAUAAUACUGAGCUUGACCAGAAGACACCUGGGCCACCACCUGCACCUCACCCACUGCCUCUGGGUGCUGAGGGUUUGUGCUUCUAAUGUUACCACAGGAACUAUGCUGGGCAUCAAUGGAGCCAUGGAGCUGCUUUUCAAAGUCAUCACUCCCUACAGCAAGAGACACGUCAGGAUGGUCAGGGCAGCCAUUGGGGCUCUGGCAGCUCUGCUGAAAUCAAAGUCCAACAGCCGCAGGGCAGUGAACAGAGGCUACCUGGGGGAAUUGCUGAGGCUCUACCAAGACUGGCACCGCAAUGAUGUCUCCAACAACUACAUUUACAUCCGCAGGGGCCUCCUGCUCUGCCUGAAGUACAUCACCAACAUCCAGCUGGGCAGGGAGACUUUCCUUGGUUCCCGGGGAAUGGAGAUUCUCUUCACAAGUGUGCAGGACUGUUUAUCUUGUAAAAAUCUGGAUCCUAUCAUAACUACUGCGACUCACAUUCUGAGAAAGUGCUACCCCAAGGAGCAUCUGCCUGUGGUGACUGUAAGGAGUUCCUAUUCCUUCCCUCUUCCUGGGAAUGCCAGUGCUGAACCUCCAUGUGAGGGAUCUGAAGGUGACAGUGAAAGUGAAGGAGAGGAAGAGGAUGAAAAAGACUGGGAUAAUGAGGAUGUGGAGAGUAAAGAGGAAGACUGUGACUUGGAGACAGAUGUGAAUAAAUUGAGGUCAAGGCCAGUGCUUGACCGGCCAGAACAAGAACUUGAAAAAUAUGAAGCUCUGUGUGCAGAACUUUUCCAGAAUUUUCAGGAGCUUGAAUUUGAGUCUGAGGAAAAGAAGAGCUUGGAGGACAGGACUGAGAGUCUUCCCUCUGCUCCCUCUCAUUUCAUUCCAAGUGCUACUUCUGUGAAGCAUCCAAACUGCAGAUGGAGAAACCAAAGUGUCACAGAGAUGGGACCAGAUCCAGGAGAACAGGAUUUCAAAGUCCCAUUGCAGAGCUGGAGAAAGAAGGAGGAAUGCAUAUGGGAUAAGAAUGAUGAAAACAGAGACAUUGCUGAAAAAGCCCAGGAUAAAGAAUUCUGUGAGGAGAAAGAUCCAGCCAGGAGUCAUGUGUUUGCUUUGUGCUCCCUCCUAAAAGAUUCUGCUUGGUACAAAAAAGUGUUUUACCCUCAUUGUGAGGCCUCGAUCGAUCCUAGUCCUGAAGGGAGGCUGGAGAGCUCCGAUCUGGUUAGAAACCUUCUGGAGAAACACCGAGGGGAUAUCCCAUUCCACAGCCCUUGUUUCUAUGCAGCCAGGGCCCAAUGUGUGAAGUCCAUCCCAGGCUACAGAGAGCUGGCAUUCCCGGAUUUCUGGGGUCACCAGCCACCUCCUUACAGCAAGCCCGUGCUGGAGCGCAAGCAUGGGCUCCAAAGAGACAAAGUCCUUGAUGAUGUUCGCCGCCUAAUCCAGCCGGGGGAUGUGAUAGGAAGAACUGUGUUUGAUUUAGAUGAUCCCAGCAGUCUCUCAAGCCCAGCUGCUCCUGGCUGUCUGACAUUUUUCUCCAAGUUUGAGUCGGGAAACCUUCGGAAGGCGAUCCAAGUGCGUGAGUUUGAGUAUGACCUCAUUAUGAAUGCAGAUGUGAACAGCAGCCAGCACCACCAGUGGUUCUACUUCGAGGUGUGUGACAUGAAGCCGGCGGUUCCCUAUCGCUUCAACAUCAUCAACUGUGAGAAGCUCAACAGCCAGUUUAAUUAUGGCAUGCAGCUGGUCAUGUACUCAGUGAGGGAAGCUCUCCAGGGCAGGCCCCGCUGGACUCGGGCAGGCCAGGAGAUCUGCUACUACAAAAACCACUACCGCUGCAGGAGUGCAGCUGCAGGAGGAGGAGGUGUGAGGAGAAGGUUCUACUACACCCUCACCUUCAGCAUCAAGUUCCCUCACAAAGAUGAUGUCUGCUACCUGGCCUACCACUACCCCUACACCUACUCCACAAUGAUGUCCCAUCUUGAUAUCCUGGAACAAAAUAGGAACCCUAGGAAGGUUUACUGGAGGCAGCAGACGCUCUGCCAGACUCUAGGAGGAAAUCCAUGCCCACUGCUCACAAUCACUGCCAUGCCUGAGUCUAAAAACAGAGAUGACCUGGAGCAGUUCUGCAGCCGCCCUUACGUGUUCCUCACAGCCCGUGUUCACCCUGGGGAGAGCAACGCCAGCUGGGUGAUGAAGGGCACCCUGGAGUUCCUGGUGAGCAGCGAUCCCAUUGCUGAGCUCCUCAGGAAGUGUUUCAUCUUCAAGAUUGUGCCCAUGCUCAAUCCUGAUGGAGUCAUCAAUGGCAACCUUCGUUGUUCACUGAGUGGAGAUGAUCUCAACAGGCAGUGGCUGGCACCCAGCUCCCAGCUGCACCCAACAAUUUACCACGCCAAAGGUCUCCUCUACUACCUGAGCAGCAUUGGCCGGGCUCCUCUGGUCUUCUGUGACUACCACGGGCACUCCCAGAAAAAGAAUGUGUUUCUCUAUGGCUGCAGCAUUAAAGAGACCUUGUGGCAAGCAGGCUGCAUGGUUGACACAGCAGUUGUCACAGAAGAUGUUGGCUACAGGACUCUUCCCAAAAUCCUGGAUAAAGUGGCCCCUGCAUUUGUCAUGAACAGCUGCAGCUUCCUGGUGGAGAAGUCGCGGGCGUCGACAGCCCGUGUGGUGGUGUGGAAGGAAAUGGGGGUGCUCAGGAGCUACACCAUGGAAAGCACCUACUGCAGCUGCAGCCACGGGCUCUACAGAGGCCUGCAGCUGGGAACGCAGGAGCUGGAGGAGAUGGGAAGCAAGUUCUGCCUUGGUUUGCUGAUUCUGCACCUCAAAUCCCUGCCCUGCAGCAAGGAGCUGAUGGCUCAGGCAGCACUCCUGCUGGAUCUGGAGGAGGAGAUCACAGACAGGGCACAAAGAAGGUGCAGUAACAGCAGCCUGGAGUCUGAUGAUGAACCUCCUUGUGCAGAAGAGAUUGAUUAUGACACUGCCAGUAGCUCUGAUGGUGAAGAGGAAUUCUUGGAGCUAGACCAGGAGAUCCAGGAGUGCCUCUCGUGUGUGGAAGGCGAGACAGAAGAUGAAGGAGUGACCACAGGACAGACAUGCAGCUCCAGGGCUCUGAGGGGGCUCUACAUUUCCAGCCAGCCAGCACCCAACAGCACAGCUCUUCCUCUAGGCUCACCAGCACUCGGCCUGUGCCGUGGGUUUGAGAGCAGUCCUGUGUGAUCAAGGCUGCGACCUGAGGAGCAGCAAGAAAAUGGGUCACUGCUCGUGUUUGCCUGUUUGCCAGCUUCAGCACCCUUCCCAGAUGUGUUGCUCCUGGUUCUGAAUGGAGAGCUGACUGUCUGUUUGUGUAAUUUGUAUACAUACAUCUGCUGAGAACGACUCCUUACACUUUGUACCCAAGGCAGAGCGAGGGGCCACCAGCCCAGGUGGUACCAUGUGAGAUCAUCCAUUCCUAAACAUAACCCCAGCUUCAUGGCUGCCUCAUGGUUUCAUACAGAUUGACCUAAGGAACAGUAUUCUGAGACCAAGGAAUCAGAGAUGAUUCUCUUUUUCUUACUUUAGGCAGCCUUUGCCUGGAGAAGUGACAGUUAUUGAUGCCUUUCAGCAGAGCUCUCUGUUGCCAUUCUCUCUUGAGCUGUAGAGCAUGUCUCUGAUUUCUGUCUGAUCAGAAUUUUUACACUGCAUUCAACAGGUUGGGUCAGGCUGUGCAUAUUUCUGAGAUGGUUGUGUCCCAGCAACAGCAUGGGAAAUCCAAUGUGCCACAGUAAGGACAGCAGCAGUGACAAUUCAUUGUGAUCCUCUGGAAACCUGAGCUAAAUUCACCAAUAGAUUAGUGAUGGUGGCAAAAAUGGCAAAACCCUGCAGUGAAUUUAGCCCAAGCAUCAAUCAGAAACAGUUUCUUUAAUCUCCAAAUGGAGAAAAAUUAAAUUUCUCCUAAAAUUGCUUCCCAGUUCCUGAGAAUCCAGCACAGACAGAGAACCCACACAUGUGUUCUGUAUCUCUAAAGCAUGAAGCCAUGUCACUUCAGCUCACACUUCACAUUGCCUGAUCUUGCCAAGUGUCUUAGACUCUGCUGCUGCAAAUGGGGAAUUGCCCUGAAUCCAGAUAAUUUUAAGAUGCAAGACGCUCCCAACUCUGUCACUGCUUUGUGAGGCUCAAGGACAAUGUGCUGAGUGUGUGUAGCAUUACAGCCUGCAAGGACUCCAGUGAUUACCAGUGAUGAUUAUUAUUAAUAUUGAUGCAUUAUUACAAGCACCAUGUCAUCUUCCUGGUUUUAUGCUGGUUUCGAAGAGAGUUCCUAGUGCAGAACAUGAAAUACUCUGAUGUGUUUCUGAGCACCUUUCUUCAGACCACCUAGACUAUUUUCCAGCAGGAGGUUGCUCUUUAGAUAAAAAGCUUCUUUCUGUUCUGCUUGGUUUUCAGCAUCCACGCAUCUUCAAAUCUUCCCUAGCACAUAAGAGCUCCCUGUGUCUCUCUCUCUCUCUAGGAUGCUGCUCAAAAGGCAGGCAGCUUGGGUCCUUAGAAGCUGAGCUUCUUAGCCCAGACUAAUUCAUUAGGUGUGGUGUGUGCCUCUGUACAGAUGUCCUGUUCUGCUUGGUUUAGCAUGCAGCUUGUUGCACACAAUACUGAAUUUUAAUGAAAGGGUGGCUCACAGGAAGGGACACAAAAGAGGUGAAACAGGUGUUCCCAUUAUAAUAGUUUGUAUAAUACUGCUUCAAAGCUUAUUAAUAAAGAAACAAUGUAUGUGUAUAAUUAACUUAAAAAUCCGGUGUUUGUUGGCAUGACAAAAGCUUGACACUGUGCUAGGUACUGAUGGCAGCAUACAAAAGCCAUGCUCUGGGGUGUUCAGCACACAGCACAUCCCCAGAACACAGGGUGAAAAAUACUGUUGUACAUAUCUGUGUCAUGCAUGUUUGCACCCACUUUGCUUUCUGUACCAACACUGCCACCAGAGUGGCUGAAGGGUGCUUACCAAGGUUUGCCAGUGGUAAACCCUAUUGCAAAGAAGUCUUUCUAAAAUCAGCAUUUUCCUUAAUGAGAUGCAAAUAUUUGGGCUAUAAUAUUUGGCUUUCUAGUUGUUUCAUUCUGAGUUUUUUUAAGGUGGGAGGAAUUCAGUUCUGUGGGAGAAUUCUGUGCUGGUGACUAAACUGUGCAGGAGUAGUCAUGAUAUAAUAAAAGGUGUAUCUUCCAUGUGUGUUUGGAGCCAAAUGUGUAUGAGCAGUAGCACCAUUUCAGAAAUAAUAUAAUAAAAGAUGUAUCUUCCAUGUGUGCUAGGAGUUGCAGGAGGUGGGGAGAUGGCAGAGGUCCUCAGAGUGUUUUUGGUGUCUGGGAUCCAGAUGCAGCAGCUGAGCUGGGAGCAGUGUCCCUGCACAUCAACCACACCUGCAUAAAUGCUGCUGUGUGGUGUCAAAGACCUGAUCACUCUUUUCUCCCUGCCAGCAUCCCAUGCCUGUGCCCAAUAACUUGUCAGCAAGUGAGGGUGCUGCAGAAGGCAGCGGGCAGGAGAAACCCCCUGCCCAAGUAUGGGGAAGUGCAGCGGGACACAUGGGUGACCAACCAUUUGGAAUGGCACCUGGAUAACUUCAGCAGAAACAGUUUUGUGGGCUGCCUCCUUUUUUUUUUUCCCC